AAUGGCAUAAUAUCAACCACUGGAUAGCCUGGUCCUGCCUUGAUUAUAACAGACCCCUGUCAUAGAGCUGGAAUAUGGUAAAGAAACAAAACAAGUUGCAAAUGUGAAAGUGAAAUACAGUAAUUGUCAGAUCUAACUUGUCUUUAGAAAUAUCUUUAUCUUCUUGUAAGUGUGAACCUCCACAUGCUUGUGUAACGUAUGUGUUUGCUUGUUCAGAUCAUGGUGUCUCCGGAUGCGCGGAACAAUGCCUGGGUGUCCUUUGAUGGCCGGAACAGACAGGAAAUACAGCAAGGAGACACGCUGCGUAUCACCACGGCGAUGUACCCAGUUCCCUCGGUGUGUGCCAAGGACCAAAUAGACGAUUGGUUUGAUGGUCUCACUGACUGUCUCCACUGGAACGUACGGCGGCAACAGAAGACGUUACCUUCAUUACCCAGCACCACCAGUCUGGACUCCGUUAUCUUGGACCCUGACAGUAACUGACCAAGGUGUAUGUGUAACGAGCCUACAAGUAAAUUCUAGCAGGAAAUAUACGUCAUAAAUGUGCUUUUAUAGACCCUGACUCACCAACCAGGACACCGUGAGAUUGGUGUUGUGUCAACUGUGUUCACUGCUGAAGAUCAUCUGAAC